UAUUACAAUGCUAAUGUUAUUAUAUGAAGAUUUUUAUAUAUUAUUGGAUAAUCUGGAUUUAUCAGAAGAAAUGAUGAAUGGAGAAAGAACUUGGUCAACUUAUCUUCCAUUACUUUAUCGUAUAAAUCAAAUUAUUGGGCAUUAUCCAAAUAUAAAAGGUCUUUAUUUAUUUGAUAUUGUUCCACAACGUAAUUAUGGAACUUGUUAUAUGCCUAUUAAGACAAAUCAUUUAUAUGAUAUAUUAAAGCGUGCUAGUAAUAAUCUAGUUGUAGAAAUUUCAAAAACACAAUUUGGAGAUUCUACAAGAAGUAAUUGGGCUCAAAUUUUUAAUAUAUAA